AAGUAUGUUGCAUUAAGCCACUGCUGGGGUGAUCCAUCAGCACCUCCGUUGAAAACAGUGAAGAAUUCCAUUGCACAAAUGAUGGAAGCAAUCCCCAAAGAUGAUCUGCCCAAGAACUUCCGCGACGCCAUUGCAGCCACACAAGCCCUUGGAGUACGCUACUUGUGGAUUGAUUCCUUGUGCAUCAUUCAAGAUGAUCACAAGGACUGGGAAAAAGAGUCGGCAAGAAUGUGCGAUACUUAUCGUUACGCCGAUGUCACUAUCUGCGCCGCCACUGGUAACUCUUGUCAUGAUGGCUUUUUGCAGCGGCGUCGACGCGAUAUGCGAUCGAGUCUCCCCAACUACGGAGCUCAUAACAGGUCCAGUUACAGAAAAUUCUUCAGAAACUCAACUGGAUGGGGAAGUCGUGGCUGGACCUUACAAGAAAGUCUCAUGUCGACAAGAAGACUGGUUUUCAACCCCAAUUUGAUGUACCUCGAGUGUGGUUCCUAUACCCUCAGAGAGGAUGCACUUAUCGAGAAAAGACAUGGCAGCUGGAUCGAUGCAACGCUCAAAGGCUCCGAUGAAGCUAUCGAGGAUGUACUGGAUCGUGUCUGGUAUCUCCAUGCUUCUGAAUAUUCUUCCCGGCGUCUCACCCAUGUUGAGGACAAGCUUCCGGCGAUUUCUGCACUCGCAAAAAUGGUGGCCGAAGGAACAGGAGCCAAGUACCUCGCCGGUUUAUGGAAAGAGGAUCUAAUUCGUGGUUUGAACUGGCACCUGGAUAACGAUAAUCCCCUGAGUCUCGAGGACUACCUGGCAGAUGUGAUGCAUCCCACCAAGUUCAUCGCGCCAUCAUGGAGUUGGGCUUGUCACGAC